UUUAAUUUAUUUAACAAAUCGUAUCUAAUCUGCAAAUCUACAGUACUACAAAUAAGGUAAGAAAUUUUUAAAUUUAAAUUUAAAUUUAAUUAAUAAAAGCUGUUGUUAUAUUUUUAAAAUUCGACGUUGUUAUAUUAUAUUAUACAUAAUUCUUGAUUUUAUUAUUUUCCAUGAUCGGAAUACAUUUCCGUAUAGUCAGACUUACUAGGUUAGAAAUAAAGUUCUCAUUCGUUCCUAAAAUUCCUAGUCUGUAAUUUUUUGAAUAAAAUUUUAUUUUUCUUAAAAAUAAUUUAGAUACUUAAGAGUUAAUUAUAUAUCGCGUUAUGAUAUCACGAAUAUAAUAUGUUAACUGUGAAAAUAUUCGAUAUAAUAUUUACUGAAAAAGAAAAGAAAUCACUUAUUUUGUAUCGAGCAAAUUACUUGGUUUGAAAUUGUUAUAGUUAAUUGAAUCAAGUUUCUUCGUCGUAUAACAUUUUGAAUAUACGCGCGGUUUUAAUUGGAAGACAAACCGUUUUGUUUCAGCCAAUAGAAAAGCAGCUAGGCGAUGCUGUGGCGCCAGAUGCCAUUCUAUUUGCGUCUACGUUUGAAGUGAUAACUAUGUAGUACUUUCCUUACAAUUUUGUUUUAGAUUAGUUUAAUUAUCACGCGUUUGUUUAAUAAUUUGCUAAACGUCAUCAUGAAGUUAGACAGUUUUCAAACAUUUUUUGUUCGUUUUUCGUCAAUCUCUUAUUUGAUCAGAUAGAAUUAUCAAUAGCUCGCGUUACACCCUUUUGUUUGUGUAUAUAAAAUUCGAGUUCAAGUAUUGCUUCAUUUUAAUAUAUAAUUCACCUCAAUCUUGUACAUGUAUUCUAAUUACUUGGUUCUCUUUUUGUACAGGUUGAUUACAAUAAUGACUACGAAAGACCACGCCGAUUUAUAAUACAGGCGCCAAUUUCAAUUCGAUGAUUUUGAAUGCAGAUUUGACAGUACUUGAGAGAUGUAUAUAUGCAUUUGAAGAAGAAAAAUAUGAAAACAAAGUAGCUCUCUCUCUCUUUUUUAUAAGAUUUUAUAUUCUACACUCCAAGCUUUUACAUUGGGAUUAUAGUUUUUAUUAUUAUUACAAUUUGCAUAAUAUAAUAUUCCUAAAAUUAUAUUUUUCAUUGUUUCAAUUUAUUAAAAUAAUUGAUGUAUUUAUUGCUCAUAAUAUUUAACAACAUGUUUUGUUGUAGAUUUUUCACAACUUCUAUUUCCUUCUACACUCUAUGCAAGACUCACCAAUGCCAGAGAUGUAAGUAUUUUUGCACAUAGUACUUCAUUUAAUUUGAUUCUUUGUAUUUUUAUAUAUUUUAUAUAUUUCUAUCUUUUCGACGACAAGUCUAAGAUAACUUAAGGAAAACACUAAUCAUACGAUUUUCAACCUUUAGAUUUAAAAAUUUUAAGUUUUUAUAUAUUAGAAUUUCAAUUUUUACUGCAAUUAAAGUUUCAAAGUUCACUAUUGUUAUCAAAAGCUA